UUCAUCUAGUUCAUCUUAGAGUGGAUAAAAAUAAGAAUUAAAUCUUGCUUCCCAGAAAGAAAGUUUUAGAAUAAGAAAGACAAAACUUAUUAAAACUUUUAAACAUUUAGUGAAAAUGAAAAAUUCAUAAAAUUCUACAAAAAGUUUGAAAACUCACGAUGGAGAAAUUUUUUUGUAUUUUUCUUCUUCAAAUUCUUCUUAGCAAUGGAUUACAGGAUUGGUUGGAGCAACCUGGAUACACGGAGGUGAACCCCGGAGGAGAAACUGUCCUAGGGUGCAGGGUAUCCAACAAGAAGGGGGAGUGUAGGUGGGAGAGGAACUCCCAACCUGUCGGGAUGUACAAGGGGAAGAUUGAGUGGGCAGGGAAUAGAGAGGAAGGGGACUGUUCACUCCGUGUCCUAGCCGCAGAGCUCCAGUAUGAUAAUGGAGACUGGGUGUGCCAGGUUACAGCCUCAAGCUUCCACGAGAGGGAUACACUCAUCUCGAACCCAGCUAAACUAGUUGUAAGAGUUGCCCCUGCCCGCGUCUACCUGCGUGUGCCCGGUGAGAUGACCGGUGUCCAAGGUGACCUGGUGGCUGCUGCCGGAGAGGAACUAGAGGUCGAAUGUGUGGCAGAAGGAGGGAAUCCAGCUCCUCAGCUGGUCUGGUACUUUGGGUCUAAGGUGUGGGAGGGGAGGGGGGAGGUCUUGGAGGAGGGGGCGGAGAAGGAGGGAGAGACUAGCCUUCUCGUCUCCAGGGUAAGGAUCCCAGUCUCCAGGGAGGACCACGGAGCAGAGGUGAGGUGCGAGGUCAGGCACGAAGCGCUGGUCAACCAGGAGACAAUGAAAGGAGAGGCCGUUCUAGAUAUUCAUUAUCCUCCUCGGAACCAUAUCGAGCCCCUGGAGACUGAAAAUCUAUCCGAGGGAGACCCUGUCCGCCUCGUCUGCUCCGUCUCCGCCAAUCCUCCGGCGGAAAUUGAAUGGAUCCGGGAAGGAACCGGAGAACUUGUCUCCAAGAAGGCGGAGCUGAUAAUUCCUGCGCUCUCAAGGGAGCAUUCGGAUACUUACAUUUGUCAAGCGCGUAAUUCCCUUGGGCUGAGCGCGCCAAGGAAGAUCCCUCUGAGCGUGAAAUAUCCUCCGGUUGUAAAAUCUGUUGGACCUGCCCUGGCCUUGAAGAAGAUGGUUGGAGAUGAGGUGGAGCUGACCUGCACAGCUGAAGGAUUCCCUGUUCCAACCUAUACCUGGAUACAGCUGGUUGACAAGACCGAGGUUAUACGAGGAGAGAGUCGGAUACUUCAUCUUCCUAAAAUCAACUACAAGGAUCAAGGAGUUUUUAUCUGUCAGGCGGAGAAUACUAUCAAGGGAGUGAAGAGUAUAUCUAGGAGUGAAACCAUAUCUCUUGAAGUGGAAGGUUCUCCCGUCCUUGACUCCAAGGAGUCGAACCACUACGUUGUGACUGGGACGGAUGCUAGGGUUGAGAUUGAGUUCUGUGCAGAUCCCCAACCAGAGAUAACCUGGAUCAAGGUUGGAGUAGAAGAGAAGGUUCUGAGCCAUGACGGAGAAGAUUACUCGGUUGAAGAGGUAGCUCAGGGUUCGAGACAGGACUGCUAUAUAUCCGCUCUGACUGUUCUAAACCCCAGUAAGACGGAGACCCAUGAAUACGUACUCAAGCUAAAGAACCCCCAUGGAGAGGAGAGCCAUGUUGUCAACCUACGGGUUGGAGAGGUUUACUCCCAGGAGACUCUAAUCGGAGGUGUUAUUGGAGGAUGCGUUACAAUCGUCCUGAUUCUCUCCAUCUUUGUGUUCUCCUGCAAACGGUGCUGUAGUACGGAUAAGAAGAUAAAGCAGGAUAUUGAAAGUCCGGGUUGGUCAAGUGAAGAGAGUGAGGUUAGUUCUGUUUGUCAGCACUCGGAUGUCAGCUCUGGAACUAACCCUGUCAAGGGUUCAGGGGUACCCGGAGUGGUUUAUAGAAACUUUGAUGGGAGUCAGCAAACGACGUCUGACGGGAAUAGUAUUUCAUUCCCCGAGACGUCGUCUUUAUCAGAGGAAUGUUUGACUUCCCGUGGAACGGAAAGCGCUCUGUCCCACAACUAUAAUUUCUCCCAACGUUCCGAUAGCUCUAUGUCCCAAGCCUCAGUGUCCCAGGGUUCCAGCAUGUCCCCCCGGAGCCCUGUGUCCCCUGUGACCUACAGUGACCUCUGCUUCCCUAAGACGUCCAACUACGGGAGUAUGAGGAAGCAGGAUAGAUGGGAGGUCCCUGCUAGACUCAGUACACGGCUGUGAACAAAAGAUCGAACUUAUUUAUCGGUUUUAUUACACCCAGACCAUACAACACAACAUCUACCAACAUACUUCUGUUGAACGCAUGUGAAAACAUGAUUAACCUGACUCCGAAACUUUGAUUUGAUUGUCGAGAAGUCAAAUAUAAUUGCAGGUUUGUCAGUCUAGGUUCCCAGGUUCAAAUCUAGACUUGAACCGAGACAAUCUCAGUGACUUAUGUGAGAAGAGUUUGGGCAUUAUUUCUUCUCCUCCUUGGCUCCCUCUGCCUCAGGCCUAGAUAGAUUACACAUAGUUCUUAUUCUCCUUAAACCCUAGUUCUCACCAGCUUUCUGUUUCAUUCCAACUCUGAUCAUAGUUCCUUUAAAUCUCAUUUUAAUUCGUUCCAUUAUCCUAUUCCCUCCUCCGUACCUUAAACCCUACCCUGAGUAAUGUAAGCUCCGUUUCAAAAUCAAAUCCUGCACGGUAAUCCUACCGCGCUCAAUGGAAGGGAAAAUAGAGGAAGGAGUGAAAAAUUGUAAUAAACUUGAAGAGAGACAUGGAAAAUGAUAUUCUCAAAUCCCUCUCUCAUAUCUGAAAUCUAAAACCUUAUCAUAAAAAUAAUUGAACUACUUUUUUAUCAUUUUAUAAUCGCCAUCUCAUUUUUCCUAUUCCAUUCUUUUCUUUCCUCCCCUUACACUUAGUGGCAGAGGCUGAGGAAGCCUAUUUAAAGUCUAGUCCUUAAUUGAUAUAUUUCUCCGUAGCCCGGCCUAACCAACCCCCACAGCCUAGAUACAAAUGUAAACUUCCAAAUAAAUAAGGAUAAAACCAGCCUACGGAGAAAUUACUCAAUUGACACUUUUAUUAUUAUUUAACACAAUUCUGUCUCAUGUACACUGUACAUUAUACAACUAUUAAAGCUUGCAUGCUUUUUUAUACAAACCUGGCGAGUGUACCAAAAAUUUUGCUAAUGCUAAAUGUGACAUAAAUAUGUAUUACGAGACUCAGACGACCCCCCUCCAUCCCACAUAUGAAUGUCCGGGCAUGUUUUUAAAUUUUCAAUUAUCUAAGGACGUCUGAAUGGGCCCAUCAAUAAAGAUUUCCAACUAAACAUUAAAUUCAUCAACAGUUAAACGGUUCUUCAUGCAGUUUUUACCCCCNCCCCCCCCCCCCUCCUAUUAUCACACUCAGAUCCACUCUGAAAAUUUAGUCAAACUCCCAGUGAUUUCACGUUGUAUAAACCAGUGCUGAAAUAUAUCCAUUAGAGUGGAUUGUAAAACUCAAGUAUAGACCCUGAACUGAAUAAUUCCUCCAGUGUUGAACUAGACCCUGAGCUGGAUUGAACCCUCCUAUGUUUAAGUAGACCUAGAGCUUGUUGUGAUCUCACUCCCAGGUGUUUUGUAUGUUACCAAAGCUAAAUAUACAUUCAUAAAAUUA